AUGAAGCUCACGCUCCUCCCCAUCUUCGCUGCCCUCGCCGCCGCAGGAAAUCAAACCCUGUUCCCCUUCGAGGUCAUCGCCAACGCCCCCGGCACACCCGUCGACCGUCUCAGGCUCGCCGCGUCGAACCUCUCGUUCUCGCUGGGCGGCCAGACGACCACCUUCUGCCCCCUGCAGGACGGCUGCCCACCGGGGAACCACACCGUGAUCGACGCCUCCGGUGGCGCCCUGGACGUGAUCGUCCCCGGCGGCCAACGGAUCUUCAUCAACCCGGCCGGCGCCGUGAGCUUCACGCAGGCCCACUCGACGUUCAUCCCGCCCGGCUCGACCCUCGGCCCGUUCUUCCAGAGCCAAGGCGUCUGGCACUUCCGCGGGCCCGGCGCGUUCGACUUCAUGGCCUGUCCGACGCCCAGCCGCAUCUGGCAGGUGUUUGCGGCGCAGCGCAACGUCACCGUGCCGCUGGGGAAUGUCACGGCUUGUGUGAGGUUCGUGGCCGUGGUGAUUCCGUUCCUGACUGGGCCGGGUGCCUUCCAGUAUGUCUGA